AUGAUGACCCGAUCCCGGGACACCUUGGAGGUGAAACCUCUACCGAAGUCCGGGCGCUCUCCCAGUCGCUCUCCGAAUUCCAAGAAUCGCAAGAAGGAAUCGGCAGGAAGCUCGAGUUAUGCAUCGGACGGCGUUACGGAUAACAACAUUUUCGCAUUGCCCACUAAGGAUUACCGAGUCCUCGCAUUUAUUACAAUAGUCGCGGCGGUGGUUCGUUUGUUCAGAAUCUACCAACCCUCCAGCGUUGUUUUCGAUGAAGUCCACUUCGGUGGUUUCGCAUCGAAAUACAUUAAAGGCCGCUUCUUUAUGGACGUGCACCCUCCACUUGCCAAACUUCUUCUUACACUUGCAGGAUGGCUCGGUGGUUUUGACGGAAAUUUCGACUUUAAAGACAUCGGCAAAGAUUAUCUUGAACCCGCCGUUCCCUAUGUUGCUAUGCGUAUGCUUCCGGCGGUUAUGGGUGUGCUUACAGUGCCAUUGCUGUUCCUAACCCUUAGGGCAUCCGGAUGCCACACCACAUCCGCCGCGAUGGGUGCGGGAGUUUUGAUUUUUGAGAAUGCCCUCAUCACUCAAUCCCGCUUGAUUCUUCUUGAUGCGCCCUUGGUCUUUUUCACCGCACUCACGGCUUUGUCGUUCACUUGCUUUACCAACCAGCAAGAGCAAGGGCCUUCGCGCGCCUUCGGUGGGCUAUGGUGGUUCUGGCUUUCUGCCACUGGUCUAUGCUUAGGUGCGACAUUAAGUGUCAAAUGGGUUGGACUCUUUACGGUUGCUUGGGUUGGUUCCCUCACAAUUCUUCAAUUGUGGGUGCUCCUUGGAGAUACAAGAACCGUUACUGCUCGCGUUUGGUUUAAACAUUUCUUCGCCCGGGUCUUUUGUCUUAUCAUCAUUCCCAUCGGUUUUUAUUGCGGAAUGUUCGCAAUUCAUUUCUUGUGCCUGGUAAACCCAGGAGAUGGAGAUGGUUUCAUGUCAUCUGAAUUCCAGGCAACGCUGAACUCUAAAACUAUGCAAGCCGUCCCCGCUGAUGUUGUGUACGGCUCUCGGGUUACACUUCGCCAUCAAAACACCCAGGGUGGAUAUCUGCACUCCCACCCGCACAUGUUCCCCACCGGAAGCAAACAGCAGCAGAUCACUCUGUAUCCGCACAAGGACGAGAAUAACAUUUUCUUGCUCGAAAACCAGACUCAGCCUCUUGGUCCCUAUGGAGAAGUCCCCGGUAUUUUUGCGUGGGAUAACAUCACUGCUGAGAACAUCUAUGAUGGCGCGGUCCUCCGGCUGUACCACCCGAUCACUCAUAGAAGACUUCACUCGCACGACGAGCGACCUCCUGUGACUGAUGUGGACUGGCAAUUCGAAGUCUCUGCCUACGGAUUUGAGGGAUUCGCUGGCGACGCAAAUGACCUCUUCCGAGUUGACAUCGUCAAGUCUGCAUCUCAAGGUGAAGAGGCCAAGAAACGGUUGCGGACCAUCGAAACCAAGUUCCGACUUAUUCAUGUUAUGACUGGUUGUGUCUUGUUCUCCCACAAGGUCAAAUUGCCUGAAUGGGGUUGGGCUCAGCAGGAAGUGACCUGCGCCAGGGGCGGCAGCUUGCCCAACAGUCUCUGGUACAUUGAGUCGAACGCCCACCCCAUGCUCCCCGCAGACACAGAGAAGGUCAACUACAAACACCCUGGCUUCUUGGGCAAGUUCUGGGAACUUCAAAAGGUGAUGUGGACCACCAAUGCCGGCUUGACCGAAUCUCACAACUGGGAUUCUCGUCCCCCGUCGUGGCCAACGCUACUCCGCGGCAUCAACUUCUGGGGCAAAGAUCACCGCCAGAUUUACCUCCUUGGUAACCCAUUCAUUUGGUGGUCGUCGACAGUAGCAAUUGCAAUCUACUUCGUCUUCAAGGGAAUUUCCAUCAUUCGGUGGCAGCGACACUGUAGUGACUAUCGCAACGUCAACUUCAAGCGAUUCGAUUAUGAAAUUGGUCCCAACGUGCUUGGAUGGUUCUUCCACUACUUCCCAUUCUUUCUUAUGGCCCGUCAACUGUUCCUUCAUCACUACCUCCCGGCACUUUACUUUGCUAUUCUUGCGCUCACUCAAGAAGUCGACUUCCUUACAAACCGUAUCAAGAGCUUGGGUCUGCCCUCAAAGCCAGUGAUUGGCAAGCUGUUGAUGGGCGUUUUCCUUACUUUGAGUAUCUUCACCUUCAUGCUCUACUCUCCGCUCGUCUAUGGCAACCCCUGGACGCAGGAUGCCUGCAGGAAAGUAAAGCUUUUGGACUCCUGGGACUUUGACUGCAACACCUUCCACACCGACCUCAAUAAUUACGUUACUCAGUAUGUGGGCAAGGCCGCUGCCGUACCAACAACCCAGCAACAGGCGCCUCCCCCUCCUGUUGAGCAGCCCCCAGUGCAGCAGCAACCUCAGGAAGGGGUCAAGGAAGCCGCUUCUGAGGUAGAGGACCCAUCCGCCAAUGUCACCCCCGAGGCUCUGCCGUCCAUCCGGGGCAAGAAGGCACGAGUGGAAUUCCGGGACCAAAAUGGCAACGUCCUUCCCGAAUCCCUUGUUGCGCAACUCCAGCAAGAUGGUAAAGUUUCCGUUGAGACUCGGUACGAGUAUCGAUCCCGUUUGGCCAAUGGCCACGAGGUAGAUGUCGUGGAUGGUCAAGUCAAGGUCGCGCCCCCGCAUCCAGAUGUGCAAGGAUCGAACCCCGAGACCGUUGAGAACAAGGAACAACAACUACCGGUGGAAGACAUCCCAGCUCCUGCUGCUGGGGAAGAAAGCUCGGUUGCAGUUGAAGAAUCCAGCUCGCCUGAGCCUAAGCCGGCCAGCGAAGGGAACGAGGCAACUGACUGAUUUAUCGGAAGGAAUCAGGGAGCAUGUAUAAUGAGCUGUUGUCAAUUCUUUUUCAUUUACUUCUCAUCAGUUACAUUUUUAAGCCUCUUUUCAUGGGCGUUGGCAAAGUCAAAUUUCAUUAUUCUUGAUAUGUAAACAUUUGUGGCUGUUCUACUUAGAUUUUAUUUUCUAUCUUCUAUCUUCUAAUCCACUCAUUUGUUUUUUUAUUUUUAUUUUUAUUUUUAUUUUUUUUUUUUUGCAUAAGACCCUACAUUUGUAUA